CCACAGGCUCCUCCUCAUUCCGCCUAGCCACGCCUCCCUUUCCCAAGCCCCGUGUCCUCGCAGCCGCUUGUUGCUGGGGAGGGUGACGUCAUCGCUUCCGCCCCACUUCCUCUGUGUGUCUCUCUCUCAUGUCCCUGCGGUUGCGGCGGGUGAGACACUCAGACACUAUCAGACUCACACAGAGACAGAGCGAGGGAAGAGGAUCCAACAUGGAGUAACAAGAAAUGGGGCUCGGACGGGGCCACCGCCAACAGUAAGAGCCUCACUGAGCGCGGACAGAGCGGGCGGGGCAGGCGAGUGAGUGACAAGAAGUCCAGUUCCCGGCCGGGAGGAAUCUACCACUUACACGGAGGAGGAGGGGGGGGGACGGGUCUCUCCGCUGCUCCCGGGGACCGACUCCCGACGUCCUUCUCUCCCCCCUCUCUCACUAAUAACUCGGGGCAAAUGAGAGGAAAGAUGAGCAGCUCGGAGCCCCCCGAGGCGGGACAGAGCCGGUGAGAAGAGACAAAAUGAGCGAGGAAGCCCCCCCGGAGGAUGACAGCUACAUUGUGCGUGUGAAGGCGGUGGUUAUGAGCCGGGAUGACUCCAGAGGGGGGUGGCUACCGCAUGAAGGAGGCGGACUGAGUCGCGUAGGCGUCUCCAAGGUGUAUCCAGAGGAGAGUGGGAGGAGCAAUUUUCUCAUCCAUGGGGAAAGAUUGAAUGACAAACUGAUCUUAUUGGAAUGUUAUUUGAAAAAGGACUUGGUCUACUGGAAAGCGACUCCAACAUUUCAUCACUGGUUAGUGGAAAACAGGAGGUUUGGCCUCACCUUUCAGAGUCCAGCUGAUGCCAGAGCCUUCGACAGAGGAGUCCGCAAAGCCAUUGAAGACCUCACAGAAGGAUCUACAACUUCUUCUUCCACAAUCCAUAACGAGGCAGAGCUUGGGGAUGAUGAUGUGUUUGCUACCAACACUGACAGCUCCUCAAACUCCUCCCAGAAGCGAGAGCCGCCAGUGAGGACAAUCGCUUCUCCUUUGCCCGGCGGACAUUGCCGAUACAGCACCCUGAGCAACAUUGAUCUUCCUGGUUUUGAACAUUGUCCUACAGAACAAGUACAGCCAUUGCCUCUGCCUCAUCGACACGUCAGCUUCCCAGAUGAUGAUGAUGAUGAGAUAGUGCGGAUCAAUCCAAGGGAAAGGAACUGGCUCACAGGCUACGAAGACUAUCGGCAGGCGCCCAUUCAACGCAAAUACCCAGAUUCUGAGAGCAUCGACUCUUAUGUUCGGUUUGCUAAAAGCGAAUGUACCAAACAUGAUUACAACUACCCAUAUGUAGACCACACAGACUUUGGCAUAUCCAAAGACCUGAAGACCUCUGUUAUAAGUACUCAGCCUUCAAGGUGCACGUCCAGGAGAAAAGAUGGAGAGAGGUCCAGAUGUAUUUACUGCAGGGACAUGUUUAACCAUGACGAAAACCGACGGGGACAGUGCCAGGACGCUCCAGAUUUGGUGCGAAACUGCAUCCGCUGCAUUAGCUGCAUGGGGUUUGCAGACUGUGUGCUUUAUCACUGCAUGUCUGACUCAGAAGGGGAUUACACAGACGCUUGUUCUUGUGACACCAGCGAUGAAAAGUUUUGCCUUCGGUGGAUGCUCCUUAUCCCCUUAUCCAUCAUCGCGCCGGGCAUGUGCUGUUACCUCCCACUGCGGGCUUGCUAUAACUGCGGCGUCAUGUGCCGGUGCUGCGGAGGGAAACACAAAGCAGCUGGAUGAUCACACGGAAUCGACUUUUUAAUCGUAUCCAUCUUUCAUGAUCUAAUGGGAAGCGCCUUGAGGUGGAACACUCGCUUCCAAACCUUUGGCUGCAGCUUUGCCCCAACUUGAAAAGCAGUUUUAUUCAGCCACGGUGAAUUCAGCGAAGGUGUCCAACCAACUCAUUUUCCAGCUCAGAAAGAUGAAAUGCUAAACCGGUAAGGAGGAGAAGGCAUUUUAGCUCUUGCCAUUGAGAAUUCAGGUGUAUAGUAUGGACAUGGCCAAUCUAAAUCUGUCAAGCCUCAACUUGACUGAAGUAUCACCUGUAAAAAGCUUUGGCACUUCCACAAAUAUCAACAACACUUCUGCUAAUGGGGCUUGUGAGGCCUCAGGAUAAAGAUGGAAAAAAGCCUCAUUAUAAGUAUUUGACCCUACAACCAGGUAUUACCUACGUUAACAUUGGAUGAGACAGGAGUUCCCAUCAUGCAGUAUUUCUCCUUCCUUAUCAUGCCAAAAGCAUUUCUUUGAGCAUAUAUAAUAUUGGAUGUCCAGCACCAUUUCUUCUGUUUUCCUUGUACAUUUUAUUUUAAAUCUUCUGCGCUGAAUUUGGGUUGCGCGGGCGAGUUUUCUGCGAUUUAUGCUGGAGCCAUGGUCAUUUCAGGAGAUCGGUUUGCCCCAUAGGUUACAUAGAUUGGCACAAUUUGCACCUGAUUUAGCCUGAUUGAUUUUAACAAUUCAUCACACAACCUUUUAUAUUUUUGUUUUCCAAAUGUUACUAAAUCUCACUUCCAGUCCAUCAUUUAAUGUCAUUUUUUUA